AGCGAGCGGAGGCAGGCAGGACGGAAGGACGGAAGGACGCGAGGAAGGCGGCCCGGGGCACAGCUGUAAGUGUGGAUCAAAGGCGAGGACGCGCGGCGAGCGGCGGCGGGGGCGACCUGCAGCCCCGGGCCGGGGGAUGCGGCGGGUGCCGGCUGCCCGGGGAGCCGGGGACUCGGGCUGCGUGGCUCACGUGCUGAGCAGGAGCUUGGGCAGAGAGGAGGAAGAAGAGGAAGGCAGCUGCCGGGGAAGGCACAGCGCAGAGCGGAGUUGCAGGGCUGGCGCAGAGCCGGGUCCCCAGGUCCCGCGCGGUGCACGAUCGAGACAAUAAAGUAGCUGUCGACAGCCCGGGCGCGCCGGAGGGAGGAGGCGGCAGCGCAGGCUUUGAUGAGCAAUCCAGAAGAAAGAAUGUGUGAAAGAAAAAGAUGACAUCUAUGCAUAGCAAUCAAAAUCUGAAGGUUAUCAGAGUGAAAACAAAAGGAAGGCGAGAGAUUACUCACUAGUUAAAGAUGACAGAAGGCAGGCACUGCCAGGUGCACCUCCUGGAUGACAGGAGACUGGAGCUGCUGGUUCAGCCCAAACUUUUAUCAAGAGAGUUGCUGGACCUCGUGGCUUCACAUUUCAACCUGAAAGAAAAGGAGUACUUUGGAAUAACGUUUAUAGAUGACUCAGGUCAGCAGAACUGGCUACAGUUAGAUCACCGAGUUCUUGACCAUGAUUUGCCCAAGAAACCAGGCCCGGCCAUUCUGCACUUUGCUGUGAGGUUUUACAUUGAGAGCAUAUCGUUCUUAAAGGAUAAAACCACCGUGGAGCUGUUUUUCCUGAAUGCAAAGUCCUGUGUACACAAGGGGCAAAUCGAAGUAGACAGCGAAACCAUCUUCAAGUUAGCAGCCCUUAUUUUACAGGAAGCCAAGGGAGAUUAUACCAGUGAUGAAAAUGCCAGGAAAGACUUAAAGACACUGCCAGCCUUUCCAACCAAAACCCUCCAGGAGCAUCCGUCCCUUGCUUACUGUGAGGACAGGGUAAUUGAGCACUAUUUGAAAAUUAAAGGUCUGACUCGGGGUCAAGCUGUGGUUCAGUAUAUGAAAAUAGUAGAGGCUCUGCCGACUUAUGGAGUCCAUUAUUAUGCAGUAAAGGAUAAACAGGGACUUCCUUGGUGGCUUGGAAUCAGCUAUAAAGGAAUCGGCCAGUAUGAUUUACAAGAUAAGGUGAAGCCUCGGAAAUUAUUCCAAUGGAAACAGCUGGAGAACUUAUAUUUCCGUGAGAAAAAAUUUGCUGUUGAAGUUCACGAUCCACGAAGGAUUUCUGUAUCAAGAAGAACCUUUGGGCAAAGCGGCCUCUUCGUGCAAACAUGGUAUGCAAACUCUUCUCUCAUCAAGUCCAUCUGGGUAAUGGCCAUUAGUCAGCAUCAGUUUUACUUGGAUCGGAAGCAAAGCAAAGCAAAAAUCCCUUCAGCCAGGAGUUUAGACGAUAUUGCAAUGGAUUUGACGGAGACAGGAACACAAAGGGUCUCCAAACUGGUGACACUGGAGGCAAAAAGUCAGUUCAUCAUGGCAAGCAAUGGCAGUUUAAUCUCUUCAGGUUCUCAAGACUCAGAAGUUAGCGAGGAGCAAAAGAGAGAGAAAAUCCUUGAACUAAAGAAGAAGGAAAAACUGUUGCAAGAAAAACUCCUGAAAAAAUUCGAGGAGCUUAAGAAGAUCUGUUUGCGGGAGGCUGAGCUCACGGGCAAAAUGCCAAAGGAGUAUCCACUGAACAUAGGCGAGAAGCCUCCUCAGGUCAGAAGACGUGUAGGUACUGCGUUCAAAUUAGAUGACAACUUGCUGCCCAGUGAAGAGGAUCCUGCUUUACAAGAACUGGAGAGUAAUUUCCUAAUACAGCAAAAGCUGGUUGAAGCUGCAAAGAAACUUGCCAAUGAGCCAGACCUUUGUAAAACCGUGAAGAAAAAAAGAAAGCAAGAUUACACAGAUGCGGUGAAAAAGCUUCAGGAGAUUGAAAAUUCAAUAAAUGAAUACCGAAUUAGAUGUGGAAAGAAACCCAGCCAGAAAGCAACAGUUAUUUUACCAGAAGACAUAAUCCCAUCAGAGAGUAGCUCUUUGUCUGACACCACUACCUAUGAUGAUCCUAAUGACACCUUCACUCUUACUGGACAGCGAUCAAGUUCAGUGCCUCAUUCUCCAAGAAUUCUUCCCCCCAAGUCUCUGGGUAUUGAGCGAAUCCAUUUCAGAAAGUCAUCCAUCAAUGAACAGUUUGUGGAUACCAGGCAAUCCAGAGAAAUGCUGUCGACACACAGCAGCCCUUACAAAACUCUGGAGAGGCGGCCGCAGGGAGGACGGAGCAUGCCCACCACGCCAGUUCUUACCCGAAACGCCUACAGCAGCAGCCACUUGGAACCCGAAUCUUCAUCUCAGCACUGCCGCCAGCGGAGUGGGAGCCUCGAGUCCCGGUCGCACCUGCUCUCUGAGACGGACAGCGAAAAGCCAUUUUUCUCCCUCUCCAAAUCCCAAAGAAGCAGCAGCACCGAAAUCCUCGACGACGGGUCUUCCUACACGAGCCAGUCGAGCACAGAAUAUUACUGUGUGACACCAGUCACCGGCCCUUAUUACACCACCCAGACUCUGGACACUCGUGCCAGGGGGCGGAGAAGGUCAAAGAAACAGAACGUUUCUACUUCAAAUUCAGGAAGCAUGCCCAACCUGGCCCAGAAGGACAGUUUGAGGAAUGGCGUCUACACGAAGAGUCAGGAGCCACCUUCUUCCAGUUACUAUAUUGCCGGGUACACGCCGUACGCAGAGUGUGAGCUUUAUUACAGUGGCGGCUAUGUCUAUGAGAAUGACACGGAGGGACAGUAUAGUGUCAAUCCUUCCUACCGGGCCUCAGCCCACUAUGGGUAUGACCGCCAGAGGGACUACAGCAGAUCCUUUCACGAAGACGAGGUCGACCGGGUGCCCCAUAACCCAUAUGCAACUCUCCGGCUGCCGAGGAAGGCUGCCUCGAAAUCUGAGCACAUCACCAAAAACAUCCACAAGGCCUUAGUCGCUGAGCAUCUGCGUGGCUGGUACCAGCGGGCCUCUGGGCAAAAGGAUCAGGGACACAGCCCACAGACCAGCUUCGACUCGGACAGAGGAUCACAGAGGUGCCUGGGGUUUGCCGGGCUGCAAGUACCCUGUUCUCCAAGCAGUCGCGCAUCCUCCUACUCUUCAGUGUCUUCUACAAAUGCUUCCGGGAACUGGAGGACCCAGUUAACCAUAGGGCUAUCUGAAUACGAGACCCCAGCACAUUCUUCCUACACCAGCUGCUAUGGAAACGUCUAUAAUCCUUUGCCCUCUCCAAGCAGACAGUACUCAGACAUCAGUCAACUGGACAGUGCAGAUGGAAACCGACUGGAAGACAGCCUGGAGAGUAGUGAGCAGAGGCUCUAUUGGCAUGAAGAUUCAAAGCCUGGAACAUUAGUCUGAACUGCAGUUGGACCUCUUGACCAAGCACUGCGUUCUGACACUAGUGUGCCUUGCAAAAUGUAUUCGUCUUCCCAGAAGGCUGUUGGCUUUAGAAACCUAAAGGCAUCAAAGGUUGAAGAGAAGACUUAGGUCGCCCUGGAUGUGAAUCACGCACUAAGCCCUACAAAGCCCCUGAAUGAGGACUUGCCUUUCAAACUCCAGACGCUAACCUAACAGCAAGGUCUGACCACACGUUGAACCGUUGCCAAGAGAGGGCUCAGUGUGAAGUCUUUAUCGAUAGCAAGCACUUUUCAAGGGAAUAAAAGUUGUUGAAGGCAAACCUCAAAACCGUGAAAGUGCGUUCAGGGUGUCCCAUAGGCAAGAAGGACAGGGGAAAAUUUCAGAGCACAAUUCAGAAUGACGAGAGAAGGGAAGCCAGAAGCUCCUGAGUCAUUGCUCACCGUCACAAAGUUGGAAAUUGUGAGCUGACAGAAUAACGUGUGAUUUCUACACAGACAUGGACAAUUGAAAAUUGACAGUAUUGGAAAAUUACUUGAAGAGAAGUUGGAUUUUUCAUGAAGUUCUGAAUGAGAGUAAAUGUUUUUAGGAUAUUAUAAAGAGUGAUGUUUUUCAUAAGCACCAUAAAAUGGGUUUGGGAAAGACUUAUUGCUGUAGCAUCCUGUAAUAUAACGUUAUGGUAGCAGAUUGGGGAAAAUGAAGCAGCCCACUGAGUAAUUGACAAACUCUGCUUGGAGAAUUUUCUAAGGUACAAUAUCCUUGAGCUCAUUUUUUCUUUCUCCACUAAUUACACGAUGAGCUAUUGUUUAGGCUGGUAGCUCUCCAACUUGGCUGUCAUUUAAAGUGGCAGACUUAUUAUGGAAAGUUUUUAUGAUCAUGAGUUUGAAAAAGUAUUUUAAGGUGUUACAGAAAGGACCCAAGGCAAGAACAACAACAAAAAAAAAACAAACAAAGCCACGUUGUUUUAGAUGAAUCGCGUGCCUUAAAAUGGUGAACAUUAGAAAAUUAAACAUAUUACUACUAUCUGGAUUCCACAAGUAGUUUUAAGUCACUAAGUGACCAAAAAAAAAAAAAGAUUAGCAUUAAAAAAAAAAAAAAUACUCCAAGCUGCAGUAGAUUUAAUUAUGAGGCUAAAACUACCUCAUACUUUUCUUGGAAGAACUAAUUAGUUAUGGUUUAUUGUAGGGUUUUGUUUGUUUAUUUUUUUAGAACAAAUGAUUUCCAUAUUCCAGAUUCGUCUUUUUUGUCAUCUUUACUCUGCUUCAAUAUUCCAUAAAAGGUGCUCCUUUCCCCUUCUUUUAUACAGGUUUCUUGUUCAUAUUGUGAAUAGAGAAGUUUCUGAACAACUUUUUUUGAACAUUUUCUAUCUAUAUUCCAAAGCAUGUAAUAUAUACAUAAAAAUGAUUUGUUAAACUGGUCCUUAGUCAUUUGUAUCACUAGAAAUGAAGUUUGGGGAAAAAAAUUUGGAAAGAGACAAACAAAAAAUAACUUAUUCCUUUUUGCAUAUUUGUAUAGCCUUCUAGAAACAGAAAUACACUUUUGCAUAUUCUUUUACUGUUCUGACUUUUUUGAGACCUAUUAUUUUUUUACAUAGGUCAAUAAACAAAAGGUGUGCUACUGAAAAUGUUUACGUAUUCUUCCAUUUAUGUUCAGGGCCCGUGUGAAAGCAGUUUGAAGUGCUCUACUUCAAGUAAUCGUGUUGAGCAAGUUUUCAGAUUUUUGUAGUAUUACCGUAUCUUAUUGAUUCCAAGAUGUACGUUUUUUCAUAUUUACAUCUGAAAACAGGGUUCAUCUUUUGAUUGAUGGCAUGUCCUAGUUGAAUUGGCAGUGGUUUUUUUUUCCCUUUCUUUAUGAUACAUAAAAAUAAUGCUGUGUCUUACAAUAAAGUUAUCUUAGAAUUGA